UGUUCAGGAGGAGCACCAGCGCUCAUCAUACAUUCGGCUCUUAGAGCUCAGCUAGUAAACAGCUUCAGCAAACUGCGGGUUUAUUACUCGAACAAACGCCCAUUCUGCGGAUUAACGGAUUCGUUUUGGCAGCAGGGUAAGUGUUGAGAGUGCAGCUGCAGUGAUAGACCCUACUGUAGAUACUGUAAAUGGGGAACAGCGCUCUAAAAGCUCAUUUAGAGACUUCUCAGAAAACUGGAGUCUUUCAGCUGACUGGAAAAGGCCUGCAGGAGUUCCCGGAGGAGCUACAGAGGCUUACUGGAAACCUGCGGACAGUUGACCUGUCCAACAACAAAAUAGAGGUGCUGCCGGCGUUCAUAGGAAGCUUCCAGCAACUAAAAAGCCUCACCAUAAACAGUAACAAGCUAACUAGUCUGCCGAAUGACAUCGGGAAACUGAAGAAGCUGGAAACUCUUAUGUUAAAUGGAAACUUGCUCCAGCAGCUGCCUGCCUCAGUGGGUCAGCUUAAAGCCCUGCGCACCCUCAGCCUCUCCGGGAACCAGUUCAGGGAGUUUCCCGUCGGCCUCGGCUCUCUCCGCCAGCUGGAUGUCCUCGACCUGUCCAAGAACCGAAUUCAGGCCGUGCCGGCAGAGGUGGCUGAACUGCAGGCGAUCGAAAUCAACCUCAACCAGAAUCAGAUUUCAGCUCUGUCCCCAGAAGUGUCACACUGUCCCAGACUGAAGGUGCUGAGGCUGGAAGAGAACUGCCUGGAGCUUCCCUCCAUCCCCACCUCCAUCCUCACCAACUCCAGCGUCUCCCUGCUCUCUCUGGAGGGCAACCUGUUCGAGGUGAAAAAGCUGCGGGACCUAGACGGAUACGAUAAGUACAUGGAGCGCUUCACGGCAACCAAGAAGAAGUUCGCUUGAAAGAGGAAGCGCUGCCCCCUGGUGUCGGCUGCCUGUAUCAGGCUCCACUGUUAGAGCGUUUGUGGCUCCGUGCGUGUUUGCCUGCACAGGCUGGGUGAGAGGAGGCGCACGGAGGAGAGAAACUGCUUUACUGCAUGCUAAAACUACAGAGCCGAGUCUCCUGCUGUACGAAACAUACAGCCAACCUCGGCUACCGCGCAGGGAACACCUGAGUGACGGCACACGCAUUUCCUUUUUUCAUUUAUAAACGUCUUAAAACCACCAAGAGCUGUACGCAUUUACACCAGCUAAUA